UCGAGAGGUGGAAAUUCUGGUUUCCCUUGCCCAGAGCUCCCAGUGUGGGCUUUGCCACUAUGGGUACCUGGAGGGCCGCACUCCUGGCCCCGCCAGGCUGAGCCUCCCGUCCCCCAGCUCUGGGGCCUGGGAUCCCUCCCUUCUUCUUUCUCUUGGAUGGCACCCGCCGCCCAAGAGUCUGGAUACCUGGGUUCUAUGCCGUGACUGGCUCAACGAGACCCAGUGACAGCCCCUGGCUGAGCAUGGCCCUUCCAGCCCUGGGCCUGGACUCCUGGAGCCUCCUGGGCCUUCUGCUCUUCCAGCUGCUCCUGCUGCUCCUGCCACCGCCGACAACCGCGGGGGGUGAAGGGCAGGGACCCACACCCAGGGUCAAGUACUAUGCAGGGGAUGGACGCAGAGCUCUUAGCUUCUUCCACCAAAAGGGCCUCCAGGACUUUGACACUCUGCUUCUGAGUGAUGAUGGAGGCACUCUCUAUGUGGGGACUCGAGAGGCCAUUCUGGCCUUGAAUAUCGAGGAUCCUGGGGUGCCAAGGCUGAAGAACAUGAUACCCUGGCCGGCCAGUGACAGAAAAAAGAGUGAAUGUGCCUUUAAGAGGAAGAGCAAUGAGUCACAGUGUUUCAACUUUAUUCGUGUCCUGGUAUCCUUCAACGCCACCCACCUCUACGCCUGCGGCACGUUCGCCUUCAGCCCUGCUUGCACCUUCAUUGAACUCCAAGAUUCCAAACUGUUGCCCAUCUCGGAGGACAGGGUUGUGGAGGGGAAAGGCCAAAGCCCCUUCGACCCCACCCAUAAGCACACAGCUGUCAUGGCAGAUGGGAUGCUCUAUUCCGGCACCAUGAACAACUUCCUGGGCAGUGAGCCCAUCUUGCUGCGCACUCUGGGACCCCAGCCUGUCCUCAAGACGGACAGCUUCCUCUGCUGGCUGCAAUCGGACGCCUCCUUCGUGGCAGCCAUCCCUUCCACCCAGGUCGUCUACUUCUUCUUCGAGGAGACAGCCAGCGAGUUUGAGUUCUUCGAGAAGCUUCACAUUUCCCGAGUGGCCAGAGUCUGCAAGAAUGAUGUGGGUGGCGAGAAGUUGCUGCAGAAGAAGUGGACCACCUUUCUAAAGGCCCAGCUGCUUUGCACCCAGCCGGAACAACUUCCCUUCAACAUUAUCCGUCACGCUGUCCUGCUGGCAGACAAUUCCUCCGCCGAUCCCCGUGUCUACGCAGUCUUUACCUCUCAGUGGCAGGUUGGUGGGACCAGGACCUCCGCUGUCUGUGCAUUCUCACUCAAAGACAUCGAGAAAGUCUUUGAGGGGAAGUACAAGGAAUUGGACAAAGAGACUUCACGCUGGACUACUUAUGAAUAUCCUGAUAUCAGUCCACGGCCAGGCAGUUGCUCCAAGGGCCCCUCCUCUGAUAAAGCCUUGACCUUCAUGAAGGACCAUUUCCUGAUGGAUGAGCCAGUGGUGGGGACACCCCUGCUGGUGAAGUCUGGUGUAGAGUACACUUGGCUUGCGGUGGAGACAGCCCAGGGCAUCGACGGGCAGAGCCAUCUGGUCAUGUACCUGGGCACCAGCACAGGCUCCCUCCAUAAGGCUGUGGUGAGUGGGAACCGCAGUGCUUAUCUGGUGGAGGAGAUUCAGCUGUUCCCUGACCCUGAACCUGUUCGCAACCUGCAGCUGGCCCCUACCCAGGGAGCAGUGUUUGCAGGCUUCUCAGGAGGCAUCUGGAAGGUUCCUCGAGCCAACUGUAGUGUCUACGAGAGCUGUAUGGACUGUGUCCUUGCCCGGGACCCUCACUGUGCCUGGGACCCUGAGUCUCAAACCUGCCGCCUCCUGCCCACCCCUAUCCUGAAGCACUGGAAGCAGGACAUGAAGCAAGGGAACCCAGAGUGGGCCUGUGCCGGCGGCCCCAUGGGCAGGAGUCUGGGACGCUGGAGCCGCCCCCAGAUCAUUAAAGAAGUCCUGGCUGUCCCCAACUCCUUCCUGGAGCUCCCCUGUCCCCAGAGCUCGGCUCUGGCCUCUUACCACUGGAGUCGCGGGCUAGAAGCCAUCCCAGAGGCCUCUUCCACAGUCUACGACGGCUCCCUCUUGCUGCUUCUGCGAGAUGGGGCGGGGGGCCUCUAUCAGUGCUGGGCCACCGAGAAUGACUUCUCCUACCCUGUGGUCUCCUACUGGGUGCACAGUCAGGACCAGCCCCUGGCCCUGGAUCCCAAACUGGCGGGCAUUCCCCGGGAGCGCAUGGAGGCCCCGCUGACCAGGGUUGGCGGUGGGGCCGCCCUGGCUGCCCCGAAGUCCUACUGGCCCCACUUCCUCACCGUCACUGUGCUCCUCGCCCUGGUGCUUUCAGGAGCCCUCAUCACCUUCCUUGUAUCCCCGUUGGGGGCACUCCGAGCCCGGGGCAAAGUCCAAGGCUGUGGGACCCUGCCCCCCCAGGAGAAAGCCCCACUGAGCAGCGAGCGAUGCCUUCAAGCCCCCAAGGAAAGCAGGACCUCUGUCAGUGAUAUGGAUGCCGACAACAACCUCCAGGGCACAGAGGUGGCUUAAACUCUGGGUACAGGCUGGGGCUGUUGGAUAGGGCAGGGCGCCCGGCCAUUGGCUGGGGGAGCCAGGAGCUGCUCCUUCCUGACUAGGGUGGGAGUAGCACCAAAGACCACUUUCCCCCCACCAGAGGACCUUCUCUGCCAUUCUGUGCCACUGAUAGCACUCAGUGAGGCUGGGCACAGCGGCCUGGCUCCCCUGUGGAACUUGCUUCUACCAAGCAUGUGGCCUCUCUAAGGAGGGGCUGCCCCAGACCUUGUCUAGGCUGUGAAAGGAGGACCCAGAGAGGAUCCUUCAGUUCUGGGCAUCCUGGGACCGUCUAGAAACAUACUGCUGCAGGAGACCCUAAAACAACAAGCACUUGAGCACACCACACCUGGAGACUCCACUCUGAAAGCAGCUGCCACCUUGGACACCAACACUCCCCUCUCCCAGGGCUCUCCAGGACUCUGCAGGCAGCCGCUCCCUCCAGCUCCCCUUAUCAACUCCGCUGGGAGGUCUUUCCUGAAGUCUCACCUCCUUCCAUCUUGCUUCAGUUGGGGCACGUUUAAUCCCUUCUGGCCUGGCUCGAGCGGGAGGGGUAAUCUGAGCCUUGUUCACUCCUUCUCCCUGGCUCACCCCUGGACCUCUCUUCUCUCCCCCUCCUCUGUUUUGGAAUUCAAAACCUGCUUGUCACAGACAGUUUAUUUUUUAUUAAAAAGACAAAGCUUGUGA